AUGGUCAAAGAGUCAGAUCCUUCGACGAAUGAAAAAGAAUUGAUUCUAUCAGGAUUAAAGGAAGGUAUCCGUCUUGAUGGACGUGGCAUGAACGAUUUUAGACCAUUAAAGAUUACUCUUGGACCAGAAUAUGGACGUUCAGAAGUUAAACUUGGUGCUACAAAAGUACUAGCUAAAGUUUCAUGUGAAGUCACUCGUCCAUAUCCUGACCGUCCAACAGAAGGAAUCCUGACUUUGAAUACAGAAUUGUCACCAAUGGCAUUCGCAGGUCUUGAAUCAGGAAGACCUUCGGAGGAAGAGGUUCUUGUGAGUAGAAUUCUUGAAAAGGCAAUAAGAAUAAAUCGCGCAGUUGAUGUUGAGGGAUUAUGCAUCGUUGCUAAUGAACUA